AUGGGAAUUUGCGUGAGUAACAUGAAAUAUAGAAAAGAUAAUCAAUAAAAAGAAGGGGAACUUGGUUAAAUGGUAAACAAAUUGAGAACUUCUCCUUGUCCAGAAGAAAUUUUGAAAAAGAGAAUUUCCAUAGAUACUCCUUACAAUGCAUACAGAAAUCCAAUUUUAAAUAGAAGAUUAAGAGGUAGUGUCACCAUAACCACCUCAUCAUGA